AUGGCGGAUUAAUUGCUUCAUGAAAACUUAGUUCAAAACACCUUCAAUCAUCUCAUUUUUCGUAGCUUUAGAUGACUUUAAGCUAGUAAUGGCAUUAUUUAUUGCUUCUUCGUUGUGUAGAAAUACAGCGAGAGCAAGUAUCYGUGGUUGUUAUUUAAAUGCAGCUUCGUUUUCUACACGUUCCUACAAGCCUUUGACAUCUACCUUCACCAAUUUUAUCAGAAAAACACUCAGCCUCAACAAACUCAAAUCAUUUGCAAAGCUUGAAAAUAAGAGUCACCAGCAGAUUUUAUUCAGUGCUAUUGGUGUUGCAGCUGCGAUAAAGACUAAAGGACUUUUUCCAGUUGCUCAUUGUGGCUUGAAAUUAAGCCAUAAAAAUGUGGCUCUUUCAAAAGCAAAAGAUACUGAGAUAACUGAGGAAGCUAAAACUCCACCUAGCUUUGAUUUCAAACUGUUCUUCAAAAUCAUUCUUCCUGAUAUUUGGCUUUUAAUAUUAGCAAGCCUGAGUGCCUUUGCUGUUGCCAUGACGAACAUACACCUUCCUCUAUUGCUAGGCAACCUUGUGAACGUUGUGUCAAAUUUAGCAUCAGAGGACCAUGCAAGGGAUUAUUUCGAAGUGCUAAAAAUGCCUGUUGCACAAUUGUUUGGACUUUAUAUGGCACAGGCAGGCUUAACUUUUGUGUAUAUUUCAAUGUUGUCAUGUUUGGGAGAACGACUGGCUGAGAGAAUGAGGACAGCAUUGUUUGCAUCACUUAUACGACAGGAUAUUUCUUUUUUUGAUGUGCACAAAACUGGGGAAUUAAUCAACAGGUUGACAGCUGACGUUCAAGAUUUCAAGAGUUCAUUCAAGCAGUGCAUAUCCCAGGGUCUUAAGAGUACGACCCAAGUGAUUGGCUGCAUGGCUACAAUGUAUUACAUCUCACCCAAGUUAACUGGUGUUAUAGCAAUAGUCCUCCCUACCGUCAUAAUAUUUGGGACAUUAUUUGGCUCCUUGCUGCGGCGUUUGUCAAGGAGGGCACAAGAACAGGUUGCCAAGGCAACAGCUGUGGCUGACGAGGCACUUGGUAACRUGAGAACUGUGAGAGCAUUUGCAAUGGAAGAGAAAGAAACAGAUUUAUACUCAAAAGAGGUGGGCAAAUCAAAGAUGUUAAAUGAGCUGCUAGGUUUUGGUAUUGGUGCUUUUCAAGGAGGUGCUAACUUAGCUAUCAAUGGUCUCGCACUGGUUGUGUUAUAUGCCGGUGGAUCAAUGCUGGCUGUUAGGGAACUCAGGCCUGGGGAUCUCAUGAGCUUUUUAGUAGCUACACAGACAAUACAAAGGUCCCUUGGUAGUAUCUCUGUUCUAUUUGGUCAGAUUAUUCGUGGAAUGAGUGCUGGUGCCAGAGUCUUUGAGUACAUGGCCAUUAAACCGACCAUCCCAGUCACCGGAGGCAAAAUACUUCCCAUGUCUGAUGUCAAAGGACAAGUAGAAUUCGAAAACAUCACCUUCACRUACCCUACUCGAAAAGGCCAUGUUGUUUUGAAGAAUUUCUCCUUGUCUAUUGAAAAGGGUAAAAUGGUUGCUCUAUGUGGUCCAAGUGGGUCGGGCAAGUCUACUGUAGCUGCCUUGCUAGAGCGAUUUUAUGAAGUAGGUAAAGGUAAAAUCAAGCUUGAUGGCCAUGAUGUGAAGGAUUUAGAUCCCACAUGGAUAAGAGGAGCAGUUAUUGGAUAUAUACAUCAGGAACCGAUCUUGUUUGCUACGUCUAUAAUGGAGAAUAUCAGAUAUGGAAAACCAAACGCUACAGACGAGGAGGUUUACGAGGCUGCCAAGCUAUCCAAUGCUGAUACAUUUAUAAAGCAGUUUCCUCAGGGAUACAACACUGUACUCGGCGAGAGAGGCAUAACUGUUUCUGGAGGGCAAAGGCAAAGGAUUGCCAUUGCAAGGGCUCUUCUGAAGAACCCGCCUAUUCUUAUUCUAGAUGAAGCGACAAGUGCUCUUGAUGCGGAAUCUGAGCGUCUUGUACAGCAAGCAUUAGAUAGACUAACUGAAGGUCGCACGGUUAUUGUUAUAGCACACAGACUUAGCACAAUCCAAGGAGCAGAUAAAAUCGUCGUACUCUCACAUGGGAAGAUUCAAGAGCUUGGCACGCAUCAACAGCUAAUGAAAAAGAAAGGAUUAUACGCUGAACUGGUCAGACGACAGAUGCAAGACGAGGAUGAAGACGAUGAAGAAAUCUAAAAACAAGGCCUGUGUCACACAUUCAUUACUUUCAUAAAUCAAUUCUUGGAGUGCAACCACACGACUCGAAAUCUCUUGAGACAUAAAUAACAAUAAAACAGCCACCAUGUUGGUUGAACUAAUAAGAAAAGCUUAUAAGAAAUGCUUUGUUAUCGUCAACCAACAUGGCGUCUUUUAAGGUGACGUGCACCCCAAGAAUACAUAAAACUGAGAUAUCGUUCGUAAUCUCCCUAUACGAAAUGCUGCAAAUUUAUUUUUUUAAUUCUUUAUUGAUUAUUUAACGUGGAACUUGUCUUCCCGAAGUUUAGAGGAAAAAUGGUAACCAACGCAUCCCGCAUUGAAUUAUGGGUCUAAAUUGAAGUGAUGGCAGCUGACGUUAAUUCCAUGACUCUUUGCGGGGCGAGUUUGUCUCCAGUCUUACUGCACAAUUACUGAAUUCGAUGAUUAAUUCGACUCGUUUAUAAUCAAACUUUUAGGCAACGAUGGAGGUAUGUUUUUCUGCCUUUGCUUUAAUCCAGGGCUCCCUCCAUGGAUAAGUUGAAUCUCACUUUUUAAAAUUCCAAUGCAAUUUUUUWAAAUUAAAAUAGCAUAGUAUCAGCGCAUUGUAAAAGAAACUUGCUGUUCAAAUUCGUGAAUAUUUUCUUCAUUUGACAUGCAAUAGACCCUUUUCGAGUUCCAAAUUACCGCUGUGUUCCUUGAUUACAGACUCAUUUGCUCAGGCUUAGCCUCGAUUUUGUGAAGAAUAUUCACGUGUCU